CUUUUAAAGCCAUAAUAAUAUUCACAAUAUACCGUAUUCUCACAGGCAGUGAGUCAUAGCUCUCUCCAAGCAGCUCCAUUUGCUAGACAGUUGCAGUAUCUCGUUCAACAGCCAGACUUCGACGAUUUAAGAUGUCUGAUUCAAAACCCUUCCGGGUCAUCAUGUGGUGUGUACCACGUUCGAUAUCGACUGCCAUCGCUAAGUGUUUCAGUUUUAUUGAUAACACAGAGGUAUGGUUUGAGCCCUACUGUCUAGCCUUCUUUCAAGACUUUACGCUGAAAGCAAUGGGCGUGCCUCUUCCGAGGAGCUGCGGUGAUUUUGACCCGGAGGCGCUCUUAGGUCCAAUGAAAGCCAUGAUGAAAGGCUCUCCCAUGGAACAUGCUUUCAUGCCAGAAAAGAUGGACGUGUCACUAAUGUUGCGCGAUGGGAUAAGGCAACAACUUGAAAGUCAACCCGACAAACCCAUAUUCAUCAAGGACAUGGCCUAUGGCGUCACAGGGUACCUAGAUCUCUUACCCAAGAAAGAGGCAGGUUACAAACACACGUUUCUGAUCCGUGAUCCUGAGCGGAUGUUCCCUUCCUGGAGAACCCUUCUGAUAACUCAGGUUGCCCAGAUGCCAAUGCCGGGAAGGAAAUCUGUCGAUCCUGCCACAUUUGACAUGACCACAGAUGUGCCAUUCAUGAUGCCAGGCUACACCUACAAAUGCCAGUAUGACCUCUGGAAGCACGUCAAGGAGAACUUUGACCCAAACCCUGUGGUCAUUGAUGUCGACGAACUGUUGGCCAAUCCUGCGGAUAUGCUUCCGAAGUACUUUGAAGCUUGUGGAAUGCCCUGGGAUGCUAAGUAUCUCCAGUGGGAUGCUAGCCCAGACAUAGUGAAGACUUGGCGGUGCAUGUUUCCAAUGUCCGGUACCAGAGCGGAUGGCACUAUACGUCUUGUCCACAAGAUAGCCUUCGAAAGUUCUGAAUUCCGAGCAUCCAAGCCAAAGAUUCCACGAUCGGAGAUGACUCCUGACACAAUCAAGGCUAUAGACGCUACAGCAGACUACUACAAAGAAAUGGCCGAAACAAGGAUCAAAGCUGGAGAAAAUUAAUACAUGAUGAAAACAUACUGUUUGUAUUAUUGCCGUGAUAAUGAUUUAUUAUUUAGUUGUACUAUUAUAGAAAUUGUAUUCUAUGAACAUGGUGAAAGUGAAUAUAUCAGGAAACGAACAGAGUAUAAUAUUACUUUCAUACGAAGAAACCGUUCCCAGACCGAUCCUGAGCAAGGCUGGAAAUAACGUACAAAGUAAAAAAAAAACAAAAAACAAUAAAGUAAAAAGCACGUUGUUUCUGGCUGUCACUCUAACAACAAGUUGUUCAAACAUUCUUUGUAACUGUUUAGCCUCUUUAAACAACUUGUUUAAACAGUUUAAACAACAGUUGUUAGAGUGACAGGCUUAAAUAACGUGUUUUACAAUUCCAACAGCGAUUUUACAGUGUAUACGUUAUUUCCAAUGGUGUACCAGUUUGCGGAACCGGGGUGGGUGGGCUUCAGCCUCACCCCCUCGACUUUUUUUUUUCAAAACCGUGUAUAAAACUUAGAAAGUUACUAUCUGAUUGUGAUUUUAUGCAUGGUCGGCAUCCCACCCCACCCCC